CCCCGGGUGCCGCACCCCGCGCCUUUGGGGAGGCACGCCGUGGAGACGAAGCCGACGAGGAGGAGGUCGAUGAGGAAAUCGACGCUGAGCCAGCACAGCAGCCACCGCCACCACCGCCGACACUCGCAGAGAUCAUGGACAGGCAGACGCAGCUACUACAGCGUCUGGCCGAGUCAGUCGACCAGAGGAACCAUGGGGCCAACCGCCAUGGCCCGCCCGAAGAGGACCUCCAGCGCAAGAUCGAGAGGUUCAUCCGCCUGAAGGCCCCGACUUUCAGCUACGCCGAGGACCCCUUGGAAGCCGAUGACUGGCUAAGGGUGAUCGAGACCAAGUUGGACCUCACCAACUGCACCGACGAGGAGUGCGUCGCGCUCGCCGUCCACCAGCUUGAGGGUACCGCCAAGUCGUGGUGGGACAGCUACUGCGACUCCCACCAUGACCCAGCACACAUCUCGUGGGAGGAGUUUGCCAGGGCAUUCCGUGAGCAGCACGUGCCCCGGCAAGUGAUGAUCCAGAAGGCUCAGGAGUUUCGUACCAUGACCCAGGGUACGAUGAGGGUGGAGGAGUACGAGCGUCACUUCACCAAGAUGAUGAGGUACGCUGCAGAUGACACCAACACCGAGGAGAAGAAGCAGUUCUGGUUCCUUCGAGGACUACAUCACGGCAUCCGUCAGAUCGUGACGGGAUGCGAGUACCCAUCCCUUCGCAGCUUGGUCAACCGUGCCAUUGCUGUGGAGAGGGAGAGACUAGGAUGGGAAGACCGUCAGCGCAGCAAGAAGCGCCAGACCGACCACCAGGUUCGAGACCGACCCUUCCAGAAGACUCGGAACGCGCCACCUCUACCACCGAGGAGCGGUUUCCGAUCCGGCUCCAGUCAGCCGGGCAGGAACUUCAGUGGAGGAGGCAACCACUACUCCGGCAACAGGACCCACGGAGGACAGAACCAGGGAGGAGGCAACUACCACCGCCAGCAGCCGGCACAGAGGACCAACAGUGGCUCGACGCCGUUUGUUUGCUUCACCUGCAACAAACCGGGCCACAAGUCCUAUGAGUGCCCCGAGAAGAAGACCCCGACUCCAGCUCGCGCGCCUGGCUCCACCGGCAGGCCCGCUCAAGCUCCGCGCUCUGCAGACCGUGGCCGCCUCACUCACCUAACUGAGGAGGAAGCCCGGGAUGCCCCCGACGUCGUGACAGGACCCGUCCGCGAGGAGCUGACCGACGACCAGGACUACCCGGAGACUCAGGAGGACUUCGAGGAGACGCCAGGUUCACGCCCAUCUACGAAUUGAACUCCUAUUAGACAUUUGCUUGUAGACAUGCUAUUGCUGUAUGUGUAUAUGUAUGUAUAUAUCGAGAUAAACCUGCAUGGCCUCUUUACGACCCAUAUUCCUUGACAACCCAUCUUGGAUUGUUUAUUAUAUAAUAUACCUUGUAAAUCCUUGGAA